UCUGGUAACGACACUGCGCAGUCUUUUCGUGCAUCAACCAAUUUAUGUCAUACCUAAUUAGAAACAAAACGAGUUCCAAUGACUGAUACGUUAUCUUACCGAUUCAAUAAAGCUAGUAUACGUGUGCAAGAAGUUGGCAUGACACCGUUGAACCUAGUUAUCAUAAGAAUGCUAAUUGUAAACGCUCACUUCUUUUAUCGUGCCCAUUUCUUGCACUGAUAAGAUUACGGCACUCAUAUGCCCGCACUUAGCGCCCCCUCACGAGUCUAGUAAAUAUUGAGUGAAAUAAGUUGUGUGGUGCUAAAAAAAGGUGAUAUUGUGGUGUGAAAUGUAGCAACCCAAGUGUGAUGGUGCAGUGUUUAUAUGUUCCAUUUUUCUCCUGGAAUGCUAAACCCGGAAUCAGUUCUAACCAUGCACAGCGUCAGGCCGUUAGAAGUCAGUCAGCCGCACAGGAAUCGGUCGUCGUCGUGGACUUCAAGGCGGCUGCUGAAUGGCUUAUCUAGGGCAGAACCUAGAUUUUCCUUGCAGUAUGAGACUGAUGAGAACAGCUACCUACUUCGUCUGAAGAUCAUAGGGGCGUACUCAUUGGCAAAAAAGGAUAUAUUUGGUGCAAGCGACCCGUAUGUGCGAGUGGAGCUUCAAAAGGCCGACGGUGACGUCACCAUCGAGACGUUCCUCACCAAGACCAAGAAAAAGACAUUGAACCCAGUAUGGAAUCAGGAGUUUGUAUUCCGGGUGCGCCCCCAAGAGCACAAGCUCCUCAUCCAAGUGUUCGACGAGAACCGCCUGACCAGGGAUGACUUCCUGGGCAUGGUGGAGAUCCCCCUGGCCAGUGUCCCUGCCGAAAGCGCCGCCUCCGCCCGCCCCAACGUCGUUAAGUACUCGUUGCGUCCUCGCAGGUCUGUCGCUCGGUCCCGGGUCCGCGGCUACAUAGAAGUGUACCACGCACUAGUGGGCCGCGUGGGCGAGACGGGCACCGAGGAGCAGCCCACGCCGCCCGAUGACUGGGAACUCGUCGACCCCGCCCCACAGGUGGGCAACGUGCAGCCGGCGGCGACGGUCCCGUCGGGCGCGGGCGCAGACUGGGAGCUCAUCGACCCGGCCGAAGUCGCGCAUGUCACCAUCGGUGGGGACCCGCUACCGCCGGGCUGGGAGGAGCGGCAGGACGCCAACGGACGCACGUACUACGUCAACCACAACGAGCGCUCCACACAGUGGGAGCGGCCCAACAUCAAUCUCACACGUAACAUGAGCACGGAGUCGCAGGCGGAGCGUAUGGAGACAGCGGUGACGGAGUUCCAGCGCCGCUUCCACAUUUCCGCCGACGAGGCCGCCAACAGUGCGCAAGCUGCCGACCAGAGACAGGAGGAUCUAAGCAAUAGGAGCGGCGAGACUAACUCCUCAGACACGCCCUACGCCACGCCCGCGCGCUCGCCCGAGCUGCGAGCGCAUAGUAUAAGUAACGAAACCGACUGUGAUAGUAGUUUAAGGGGAGAGGACGACGACGUAGUGUGUGCUAACGAAACCGCGCGCUCCAACGACGCCCAGGUUGCUCAAGACAGCUGUGAUAACGAAGCGAGUACUAGUCAAGUUCCCACUGACACAGCUACAGAUAAAGAGGUAGACGCCAAUGACGUGCACGACGACGAAACUAAGCAAGACCAAGUUGAAACUCAAGACGAUAGUGUGGCAGAAACAAAUGGAGCUGAAGAAACAAAUGACGUCGUCGUAAACGGAACCGAAACAGAAGCUAGCGAAGUGGAAGCGAACGGAGAUGUAGAAACAAGUGAGCAUCGCAACGUUCCAGAAACGACGGUAACCGAUGAGGUUGAAACAGACGAGCUUCGCGCAGCGGAAACAAUUGAAGUUGAGAACGGAGUGGAAUCGCAGGAGGGUGGAGAUGAUUCGAAUGAGGAUAUAGAGAUAGUGGACGCGGCGGAGGCCACGGAACAGUCGUUGACGUUCGACGAGAACCACUUCAGCACGCCGGUGGGCGGGCUCAGUCCGCGCGCGCGCCGUCGCACCACCAGCUCCCUGGAAGACUCCGAGGACGAGACUGACGGCUCGACGGAGAGCACACGGAGUAGCAGCACCAGCAGCACCGGUAGCCAAAACCUGCCCAAUAGUGACGGGCUACCUCCCGGCUGGACCAUGCAGAGGGCGCCUAACGGCAGGAUAUUCUUCAUCGACCACAAUCAGAAGACUACCACGUGGAUAGAUCCGAGGACAGGCUGCGCGUCUCACCUGCCGUCGGCGGCGGCGGCGGCGAGCGCGGAGGCAGACGAGCUUGGCGCUUUGCCGGAGGGCUGGGAGGAGCGCGUGCAUACUGACGGGAGGAUAUUCUUCAUAGACCACAAUACACGAACCACCCAAUGGGAAGACCCGCGGUUGUCCAACCCACAAAUCGCGGGCCCCGCUGUACCGUACUCGCGCGACUACAAACGCAAAUAUGAGUAUCUCAAGAGUCAGCUGCGCAAGCCGAGCAACGUGCCCAACAAGUUCGAGAUCAAGGUGCGGCGGAACUCGAUCCUGGAGGACUCGUACCGCAUCAUCAGCUCCGUCGUGCGCCUCGACCUGCUCAAGACCAAGCUCUGGGUCGAGUUCGAGUCCGAGGUCGGCCUCGACUACGGCGGCCUGGCGCGCGAGUGGUUCUUCCUGCUGUCCAAGGAGAUGUUCAACCCGUACUACGGGUUGUUUGAAUACUCGGCCAUGGACAACUACACGCUGCAGAUCAACCCUAACAGCGGCGUGUGCAACGAGGAGCACCUCAACUACUUCAAGUUCAUCGGCCGCGUGGCCGGCAUGGCGGUCUACCACGGCAAGCUGCUCGACGCAUUCUUCAUCCGUCCGUUCUACAAGAUGAUGUUGGGCAAGCAGAUCGAUCUCAACGACAUGGAGUCCGUCGACCUCGAGUACUACAACUCGCUUAUGUGGAUCAAGGAAAACGAUCCAUCAGAACUGGACCUCACGUUCUCGGUAGACGAGGAGCAGUUCGGCAAGACCAUCCAAAGAGACCUCAAGCCGGGAGGCGCGAAUAUUUCCGUAGAUAACGAAAAUAAGGAUGAGUAUAUAAAACUAGUGAUCCAGUGGCGCUUCGUGAGCCGCGUUCAGGAGCAGAUGUUCGCGUUCCUGGAGGGUCUGGGCGCGCUGGUGCCGCUGCCGCUGCUGAAGAUCUUCGACGAGCACGAGCUGGAGCUGCUGCUGUGCGGCAUCCAGCACAUAGACGUGCGCGACUGGCGCGCCAACACGCUCUACAAGGGCGACUACCACGCCAACCACCUUGUCGUGCAGUGGUUCUGGCGGGUGGUGCUGUCAUUCUCUAACGAGAUGCGCUCGCGCCUGCUACAGUUCGUAACAGGCACGUCUCGAGUGCCGAUGAACGGCUUCAAGGAGCUGUACGGCUCCAACGGCCCGCAGCUCUUCACCAUCGAGAAGUGGGGCAGCCCUGACAACUACCCUCGCGCGCACACCUGCUUCAACCGCAUAGACUUACCACCGUACGAGAGCUACCAGCAACUCCGAGAGAAACUCAUCAAGGCCAUCGAGGGCUCGCAGGGCUUCGCGGGCGUCGACUGAACCCCUCUCACACACACACGUGUCUCCGCCACACUGUGCAGUGGACACAAGCCUCCGUGUGCGUGCGCGGACCGGACUUUAUGCAGCUGACGCAAUGUGCCUCUUAUUGUAUGGGAAUACGAGUUGUUGCUUGCUCACACCGAUCAUAUCUAU